AUGCGUCUCACAGUUGAAUUGAUCCAGAAUUCACUCUCAUACCUCAACCCUUUAAAAGAGCGCGAGCUAGAUCUUCGAGGGCACAAAAUUCCUGUCAUUGAGAAUUUCGGAGCGGCCAAGGACCACGAUGCAAUCGAUUUCACCGAUAACAGCAUCUCCUCGAUAUCUAACUUCCCCUUCUCACCACGAUUACGGUCUCUUCUUCUUGCCCGGAAUCGCGUCUCCCACAUCCAACCCUCGCUAGCCACCUCAAUUCCGAACCUGACAACCUUGAUCCUCACAGCAAACAAUUUCUCAGAGCUAGCGGAUCUAGAACCGCUCAAGACGUUCCCAAAAUUAACGCAUUUAAGCCUGUUAGAGAACCCAGUGACGAGGAAAGAGCAUUACCGAUACUGGAUAAUCUGGAUCGCGCCAACAGUACGCUUCUUAGAUUAUCAGAAAGUAAAAGAUGCCGAACGUGAAAAGGCAAAAGAACUAUUUGGGCCAUCGACAAAACAGCCUACGGCCUUGGCGUCGAAAAUACUAGGAAUAAAGUCUCGCGCAUUCGACAUAUCUGCUACCAUCGGUACAGCUGCAUCUCCCUCUUCAUCAGGCGGUGUGGGCGGCGAAAAGCCACUGCGGGUUAAACUGACGCCCGAGGAGAGGAAGCGGGUUGAGAAGUUGAUUAGAGAAGCCAAGAGUUUGCAGGAGAUCACAAAAUUGGAAAAGGAGUUGAACGAAGGGCGAAUACCGCGUGGUGCUGCCGAUGCUGAUGCUGAUAAUGAUGUUGAGAUGUCUUGA